AUGGCCACUGCCUCACCAAGGUCUGCUACUAGUAAUAACCAUAGUGGAAGGUUACAGUUACAGGUAACUGUUUCUAGUGCCAAACUGAAAAGAAAAAAGAACUGGUUUGGAACAGCAAUAUAUACAGAAGUAGCUGUAGAUGGAGAAAUUAAGAAAACAGCAAAAUCCAGUAGUUCUUCUAAUCCAAAAUGGGAUGAACAGCUAACUGUACAUGUGACCCCACAAACUACUUUGGAAUUUCGAGUUUGGAGUCAUCACACUUUAAAAGCAGAUGCUAUGUUAGGAAGAGCAACAGUAGAUUUGAAACAAGCUCUGUUAAUACACAAUAGAAAAUUGGAAAGAGUGAAAGAACAAUUAAAGCUUUCCUUAGAAAAUAAGAAUGGUGUAGUCCAGACGGGUGAAUUGACAGUAGUGCUUGAUGGAUUGGUGGUUGAGCAAGAAAAUCUAGCAAACUGCAACUCGUCUCCAACCAUAGAAAUACAGCAAAAUGGUGAUGCCGUACAUGAAAAUGGAGAGCCUUCAGCAAGGACAGCUACCAGGUUAACUGGCGAAAGUGCUAAUGGAAUGGAUAAUCCUGUACGUGCAAACACUCUAAUUCAGAACGCAAGCUGUUCAUAUAUAGUUAAUGGAGACAACACACCUUCAUUUCCAUCUCAGGUUGCUGCCAGACCCAAAAAUACACCAGCUCCAAAACCACUUGCAUCUGAGCCUGCCAAUGACACUGUUAAUGGAGAAUCAUCCUCAUCUGCACCAACUGAUAAUACAUCUGCCACAGGGACUGCAAUAGUAUCUGGAGAAACCACCUUGUCUUCAAAUUACACUAGUACUACUGUCGAAGAGCUUUCUGUUCAAGAAAUACCAACUUCCUCAGAAAACAACGAAUGUAUUCCUUCUACCAGUACAACAUUGGAAUCUGAAGCUAGAAGUACAUUAGACCCUGCCACCUCUAACUGUGUAAAUGAUCCUGCUUUUGAAGCAGCCAAAAUAAGACAGUCGGAUGGGUGUGUGGAACCCAUACGGCAACAGUCUGGAAAUAGCAACACAGAAACUCUGCCAUCAGGGUGGGAACAGAGAAAAGAUCCUCAUGGUAGAACCUAUUAUGUGGACCAUAACACACGAACAACCACAUGGGAGAGACCACAGCCUUUACCUCCAGGUUGGGAGAGAAGGGUUGAUGAUCGUGGAAGAGUUUACUAUGUGGAUCAUAACACUAGAACAACAACAUGGCAGCGGCCGACCAUGGAGUCUGUUCGAAACUUUGAACAGUGGCAGUCUCAGCGGAACCAAUUGCAGGGAGCUAUGCAACAGUUCAACCAACGAUACCUCUAUUCGGCUUCAAUGUUAGCUGCAGAAAACGACCCAUAUGGGCCUUUGCCACCAGGCUGGGAAAAAAGAGUAGAUUCUACAGACAGGGUUUACUUUGUGAAUCAUAACACAAAAACAACUCAGUGGGAAGAUCCAAGAACUCAAGGCCUACAGAAUGAAGAGCCGCUGCCAGAAGGCUGGGAAAUCCGAUAUACUCGAGAAGGAGUUAGGUACUUUGUUGACCAUAACACUAGAACAACAACAUUCAAAGAUCCUAGAAAUGGGAAGUCAUCUGUAACUAAAGGUGGUCCACAGAUCGCUUAUGAACGCAGCUUUAGGUGGAAACUUGCUCACUUCCGUUAUUUGUGCCAGUCUAAUGCACUACCCAGUCAUGUGAAGAUCAAUGUGUCCAGGCAGACAUUGUUUGAAGAUUCCUUCCAACAGAUUAUGGCAUUAAAACCCUAUGACUUGAGGAGGCGAUUAUAUGUAAUAUUUCGAGGAGAAGAAGGACUUGAUUAUGGUGGUUUAGCAAGAGAAUGGUUUUUCUUGCUUUCACAUGAAGUUUUGAACCCAAUGUACUGUUUGUUUGAGUAUGCUGGCAAGAACAACUACUGCCUGCAGAUAAAUCCAGCAUCAACCAUCAAUCCUGAUCACCUCUCCUACUUCUGUUUCAUUGGUCGCUUUAUCGCUAUGGCACUUUUUCAUGGAAAAUUUAUCGAUACUGGUUUCUCUCUACCAUUCUACAAGCGUAUGUUAAGUAAAAAACUUACAAUUAAGGAUUUGGAAUCAAUUGAUACUGAAUUUUAUAACUCCCUUAUUUGGAUAAGAGACAAUAACAUUGAAGAAUGUGGCUUAGAAAUGUACUUUUCUGUCGACAUGGAGAUUUUGGGAAAAGUGACUUCACAUGACCUGAAGUUGGGAGGUUCUAACAUCCUAGUGACUGAGGAGAACAAAGAUGAAUAUAUUGGUCUAAUGACAGAAUGGCGUUUUUCUCGUGGAGUACAAGAACAGACCAAAGCUUUUCUUGAUGGUUUUAAUGAAGUUGUUCCCCUUCAAUGGCUGCAGUACUUUGAUGAAAAAGAAUUGGAGUACUUUGAUUUUGUCACACAGUUUGUGAAAGAGACAGACAAUGAAGUAAGAAUGCGACUUUUGCAGUUUGUCACUGGAACCUGCCGUUUACCUCUAGGAGGAUUUGCUGAGCUCAUGGGAAGUAAUGGACCUCAAAAGUUUUGCAUUGAAAAAGUUGGCAAAGAUACCUGGUUACCUAGAAGCCACACAUGUUUUAAUCGCUUGGAUCUACCACCAUAUAAGAGUUAUGAACAACUAAAGGAAAAACUUCUUUUUGCAAUAGAAGAGACAGAGGGAUUUGGACAAGAAUGA